AUGGUGAAGCGGCUUGCGGGUCACCAGGGCGACGGCGUGCCGGCUAAGCGACGUAAAUUUCCAGGCCCGGAAGCAGUCCAGAAAGUUACAUCUCGCUUGAGGAGCAUACUUGAGUCGCUGGUGCAGAACGCGACCCUGACCGAAGACUGUUCCGUGUCAGGGCAGUUACCUACCGGAUGUGGCCGGGAGGCCCUACUUGCCCGAGUUUCCUUACCUGAAUGCAAAGGAUGCGCUUUUCACCUGUGCCAUAGAGCACGCCUGCGUGCGGAUGACAUACGACAGCGGGUCUCUCCUUGGGCAUGGAGGGAUGUCAAGAAUCUCCUUCACAGCCGCUGCGUCCACAGCCUGACAGCGCAGCACAGCAAAGACGGCGAGCGGGUACUGUUACGCGGUUUCCUGCACGUGCCACACGAUGAUGUCGAAAUAUGCAGCUGCAAUGGUACCCCAACGGCCGCCCACGUCUCCCGUGCUGCUGCGGCCGCCAACAACAGGUCGGCCGGUACGACCGGCGGCGGCCGCACACCGGCGAACCCAGAUGGACCAAACAUUGAAACCAGUGGCGGCGCCGCCGCCCUCUCGGCGCACGGUGUCCCGAGUGGGGACGGUGAUGGAGCAGCGCCUGUGGGACUGGCGGCCCCCGGGACGUGUGGUCCUCCGGAGCGCUCCACCCACGUGGUUGAGGUGCUGCUCAGCUGCGGCGAUUGGUCACUGCUGGCUUGCUCAUCGAGUUGCUGCGGAGUGGGUUACGAUCCGCUGCAUUCGCAGUUAUGCCCAGCGGUGGCUGCGGUGCUGUUGGCGGCGCGCGUGGCCGGCGGUGCCGAUGUGCUGUGUGAGCAUGAUCUGAGCGUGCUUGCCGCUGCUGCCCGCAAAGUGAUGCCACAGCAGGCUACAGAGGCGGGAGUAGCAGAGGACUCAGCCAACGGGUCGGGCACCGACGCCACCCCGGGAGCAGCCGCAGGAGCCGCAGGACAGGGCCCUCCUGGCGGAUCUGGCACUGCAGCGGCAAAUGGGCACGAAGGUUUUUGUUCUUGGCCGCCCGAAGAGCUGGGCUUCGGACCCCCGCCCGUUGCCCGCACCUUGGUGUCUCUGUCCGGGGGCGCGCUUGUUUUGGGACCCACUUAUGUGGACCCGCCCGCUCCGCUGGCUCCCUCCGUGCUGCCCGGCGCUGGACUGCCGCUUGGGCUGCAACAAGAGCUCAACAGCCGGAGGCGCACACCCGAAUCCAUUCGGCAGCAUCGGAUUCCCUGCAGCCGGCCGCCCGCUCCUAGCGCUGGUGAGGGUCCCAGCACCAGUACCGCGCGUCCACCGCCGAACCUGGAGCCUCCACCCGUACCGGCGCCACACAUUCCCGCCUUGCCCGCUUCUGAGGCAGGCAGUAGGGUCAACCCGCGUUACCCCGGCGGCUACUCGUCGAGCGCGUUUCCGUCAGCCACCGCUCGGGCGGUGUUCAGCAGCUGGUAUCGGGAGGCAACGGCCAUAGUGGUAACCACCGACAGGUUGGUGCUGGUGCUAGUGGUAACCCACGGACUCCUAAUACCAUCAAGAAGGCUUUUGGCGUGCAAAUUAUGGCCAUGGGGUAGUUCCGCUGCCUCUGGAACUCUGGAAAUUCUGGGUUUGGGUACCCGGUGGCUGUCUCGCUGUGGGGGCCGUUGCUGUCGGAAGCGCGAGCGGCACGGGAGGUAUCGGGAGACCUAUCGCAUGCUGCUGCCCCCCGAGGAGGAGCCCCUGGUGGCGAACGUUGGUGCUGCCGCGGAGGGUGUAGCCGCUGGCGACGUGCGGGGUCAGUCCGCCGGCGGUCGCCACGCCCUAGCGCGGGCCACGGGCGCCAAGCCGGUGCAGCUGCCGCCGCCCAGCUGGUCGUUUGGAGCUGCCGGCGGUGUGGUCAGCCUUGAGCUAUCGGGCAGCGAGUCGGCGGAGAACUUCAUAUCUGCACGCGCGCCGGUCCGAGGUCCCGUGUGGGAGGCGCGAAUGACCUUCCUUACGUCGCAUGCCACCAUCGAGUUGGAUCCGGAGACGCGGCUACAUACCAACAGCAGUGAGGCACCCGAUCCCUGGCCGCAUGUGGUGCUGUCCGCCUUCGACGAGGCCUGCUCCCCCGUUGGGCAGCCGGCCGGGGCUAAUGGCCCCGCAGGGGCCCUCUGUGGUCUGCUGCGGGUCACGUGGCUGUGUCUGCACGUGUGGGAGCUGGACGCAGGACUGGCUAGGAGGGUCAAGCUGGUGCUGCAGGCCAUCUGCAAGCUGCUGCUGGCAGCCGACCUGCCCGCCUACCUGCGGGCCGCCAGCGCCAGGCUGCUGGGGGUCUGGAGGCUAAAACUGGGGGAUGCCGCCGCUCAGGGCCGGCGCACCGGCUACGGCUCCUCCAGCGAUCUGGCGACCUCGGAAGUGCUAACCCGCUUGACCACGGCAUAUAUUCUAGCCCGAGACGGAUGGAGCGCGGCUCAUGUGGUCGCUGCCAUGGGGCUUACGCCCACCCCUGUACACACCUCAGGGCCCCUGUCUGGCCCGGCCACGGUAGCGCCGGCCCUGGUGCCCGGAGGAGGUCGCCUGGGGCGGGAGGUGGGCGCACAGCACGGUGUGCAACCAAGCGAAUACAAGCCGUCUGCGACGGUGCCUGGACGAGGCAAUCCUAUUUGUGCUGGCAAGGCUUCGUCCACCUCUAGGCCGGAGCUUCUGCCCACGUGGCUGGGUUUCAAGCCUGCCAAUCAGGCGGCGGUGCGGCGGUUGCAGCAGCAGCCACAACAGGCGGGCCCGCCUAGUGGCCCUGCUGGCGGUGGCGGAGUCCCCAUGGUGGUGCUGGCGGGGACGGUGGAUCCGUACGCGAGCUCGAUGUCGACAGUGAUGCCGUUUGUGCCGUACGCACCGCCGCCACUGCAGGGCGUUGCGAGCAUCGCGAUACCGGCGAUGCAGGAAGUGGUGGAACGGUUGCAUUGGCUGGGGCACUUCGGGCUGGAUGGCCCAUACGUGUCGCUGGCGGCCGUAUCGGGCGAGUGGUCGAAGGCGAUUAAGAUGCUGUUGCGCAGGGGCGCCAAAUCGGAUGUUGAGCGGGCCUGUCGCCUAGCAGUGGAACGCCUUUCCUCUGCAGCCGCCAAGGCCCAGCAGGCCUGCUUCCUGCUGCAUCAGGUGCUGGGGCCGCCGCAGCAGACUGGGAAACCGCUAAAACACGGAUCAGAAGCUGCUAUCGACACCCCAGGACCUACGGGGACGGCAGCGGUGCUGCAGGCAGCGACAGCAGCAACCGAUGCAGGCGCCGGCGGAGCAGCCGGCGUUGACUCACUGGUGGUAUCCGCUGUGGCACAGCUGCCGCCCACCUUCGUAGCGGGCUGUGCAGGGCGCAUGUUCAUGAGUGCGGUGCGUGCCGCGCUAAGCAUCAAGAUAGUGAACGACGCCACAAGUAAUUCGGUCAGUUCUCCCAACGCAACUUUUGAGAUGAGCUUUCUACGUGCCAACGCGAAUGCACAGAACGAUGCUACCUCACCUGCAGCCGCGCUGCUGGCCGCCAUCGCACCCGCCGUGAGCGGCGGCGGGGGCGGCACUCGGCCGAGUCCGUACACGGCCCUGCUACGCUCCGUGAUCGCCCUGGUGGCUGAAAACCAGGAGCGAGAUUGGCGGGCGGAGGUGGAGUCUUUGCGCGAGCUGGGAAUAAUUGUAUCAGAGCAGGAGCGCACAGAGGGCGGCGGCAACGCCGGUGGCGCUGGUGCAUCCGGUGCCUCAGGCAGCAACACGGAUGCGGAAGGCCGUAGGAUUGACGGCAGACACAGCAAUAGCGGGGCACUAGCAAGACCCGGGCUGGCCGUGGAUGGGGCCUCGGGCGGCGCUCCCGGCGACCUUGCGGCUGCCGCAGGCCGGGGGCCAAUGGAGUACAUGAAUGCGCUUACCGCUGUGAUGCGGCAUAGCGUCAUGGGGGCGGCGAUGGCCCGGCGGGAGGAGCAUUGCGACUGCGACGCAUGUCGCCGGGAGCGCCGGGAACGUCUGGCUCUGCUGGCCAGCGAGAUGCCGCCUGGGACCGUGCAGUACACAAAGCUUCGCUAUGAGGACGUGUGCUUUGUAACGGACCCCGCAAUACUGGCCGCCUUCACCAAGGUGGUUCCGCUCGUCUCGUCGCGCAGCGGCCCCGGUGGUGGGCCGCGGGUACACAGCCUAGCGGUGCAGGUUGUGCGCUCAGUGUUUCGGCCCAUGAUGGCGGUGCUGGCGGACCCCCGGGAGCGGCCGCGCACGCCUGCCGAGUACGUGGCGCUGUUGGGCACAGUGGAGGAGUCCAUGGGCACGCUGUGUGAGGAAAUCAUGCCUGAGCGGGUGCAGCUGCAGGCCAUACUGGAAGGCGUCACCGUGGCCCUGUGCGCGCUGUACAGCUGCCAUCACUCGUCCGGAGCCAACCCCUCGGCGCUGGGCCGGGUAGUGACCGACCUGUUGGGAGCGGGGCAGCUUGCUUUGGCGCGGCAGAUCCGAUUGCACGCCGGAUCUGCCGACUCGCUGGCCCACGCGCUGGAAGUGGCGAUAGCUAGCGGGGAGGACGCCCAGCAGGAGGCGGCGCUGGAGCUGCUGCGUACCGCCGCCACUGAUCCCCCGGCAGAGCAUCGGCUGCCAGCACUGAUGGCCGCGGCCGUUGUGGCAGGGCGUGCGGCGCUUGGCCUGGGCCCGGACGAUCUUCACCUGGGAGGGCACGGCGUCCAUCCUGGUGAGCCGUACCCGGACGAUUCGGACGAGGACGAAAGUGAUGAAUUCACGGAUUACUUCUCUGAUGACGACGAUGACGAUGAAGGCAUGGACGACCUGGACGCCUACGGAGCCUUCAUGCUGGGCUUCCCAUACGGAGGCAUGCUUUACGCGGAUCGUGAGGCUCGUCGCGAUGAGCAGCGGCGGCGGCGGCGUGAGCAGCGGCAGCUGCUGCGCGAGGACCGCCAAGCGCUGCGGGCCAUGCUGCUGGAAGCUGAGAGACAUGCUGAUGCGGCUGAGGAUCGGGAGAACCGGGAUGCCCAUGGCGAGCACGACACCGACUCGGAGGGGUGGGAAGUGUUAGAGGGGGGCCCGGAGGGGGAGCCUGAGGCGGGCACCGCAGUCGGCGGCGAGGGCUGUGCACACGCCGACACCGAUGUGGACACGGAAGAUCUAAUGGAUGGGGUGUGGCGAUGCGAGGACGAGGGCGGCAACUGCGAGGAGUUAACUGGGCCUGCGCCGAUGGACAUGGAUGGCGAGGGGGAGCAGAGGACGGCGGGCGUCAGUGGGGAGAAGGGCUUCACGGGGUCUGCAGGACGCAUGGGUGCGGCCGGGUCAGGUGUGGAGCACGGCAGCGGGGUCAGGUGCAGCGGCGGCGGCGCCGGUGGUGGCAACGGAAGUGGGGGCGAUCGAACGGGCGCUGGGCUCGCAUCAGGAAGCGGCGGCAGCAGUCCUGGUCGAUUGCGGUUCCGUCGCCGACGCCUCGCACAGACAGGAUCGGGCCCCACCGGCACUGGAGCGGGUGCAGGCUCGGGGUCUGAGGUAACUAUUGGCAGGCGUCUGAUGAAGAUCGAGGGGGAACAAAACCUGUUCGCCCUGGCACAGUACAUUCGGGGCCGGGGCAGCAGUGCCCACCUGGUGGCUCCCCUCAUGGCGGGAGCGGUGGUGUGCGUGGAACACCACAUGCGAAGCAUCCCAAGCAAACCCAGUAUGGAGGACUUUGCCAAUGAGAUGGUCACCUGCGCCCCCCUGCGUCAUACCUCCCGAGUGGAGAGCCGCGGAGGGGAGGGGCCCUGCCUCAAGGGCCUCCCGGCGUCGAGCUGGCAGGCCUUCAUCACGGCGCGGGGUUACAGGUACGCCACCGACCGCGACGAGGCGGGCCAGCUGCGGGAGGUGGUGGUGACGAUGGAGAACAACAACCUGCUGGUCCUGACCGCCUGGGUGUGUGCCGCCUUCUCCGGCCCCGCGGACCUACCCGGCCGCCGUCGAGUGCUGGCCGCCAUGGGGCUGGCCGCCUCGCGCCGCUACGGCCUCCCUUUGGCGCAUUUGGGGCUGGCGAUGGCGAGGGCUGGACUGAAGGAGGCCGCAGUGGCGGUGGCCGCCCGGGCGCUGGCCUCGACAGCCGUGGACUACAGCAACUUUACGCAGGCGAGGAGCCAUCCGCAUGGCACUAUGCCGGCAGUAGGGCAGCUGCCCUGGUACGCAGCAUGCCUUAUGGAGCUGACGCCGGUCUUUGUGGAAGUGCUGCAGCAAGUGACGGCACGGGAGCAGCAAAAGCAGAGCAAAGGGGGAGGCGCCAUCAAUAAGGGUUCCGGAGCGGGUACUGCUGAGACAGGGCCAUACCCGCAGGGCGCGGAAGCAGAGGCCGCUGCCGCCGCGGAAGCGGAGGUCGAGGGCCGUGGGGUGGGCGAGUGGCGGCUGCGGCGUCUGGAGCCGUCAGAGGCCCGGUCUGCGGUGGCCAACCUGGCGGUGACGCUGCUGCUGCUGCGCUGCGAGCUGCCCCGUUGCCUGCUGGGUUGCAGCGAGGCAGUCACGGCGGUGAUGGCGCUGCUCAGCAAGGUGGCCACCAGGAAUAACAUAAAGCACGAGCAACUUUUCGAGGGUGGCGGCGCCGGGUCGUCCCUGUACGAGAUGACCAUGGCGGACAACAGCCUGCGUGUCUGGGUGGUUGCAGCCAUGCGGGAGUGCCUGCUGGGGCCGCUCAGGUCGGCGCCACGGGAAGUGCAACAGGCGUUCGUGACGGCGGUGGCGGCCAUGCCGGACAACGAGCUGGACUUCAAGAUGAAAAUCCCUCUUCUGGAGUGGGCACGCGGCGCCCGAGUGCCCGUGUCCACCAUCUUCGACGCCGCCUCGCGUGCCGUCGCCUCCGCCACGCGUAUCUUGGAAAACGAGGCUGCGGAAGAGCGCAGACAGCUGUCCAAUUUCCGGACGGACGUGGCAAUGCUGGCUAGGUCGUUGCGGCCCGUCCAUGUGGCUCUGGUGGGCCCCGGCGCGAGUGGAGUGGGGUUGCUGCAGGGCCCUCCCUCCCACGCGCUGGCCCAAGCGGCCAACCUGGGGCUGCAGAACCAGGUGGAUGCGCUGAUGGUGGUGCGGGAGCUGGAUCUCGUGUGUGCGGCUGCUAACGGCCAGGGAGGCAUCGAUACCUGGAUUGCGGAUAAGUGCUCAUCGCCCAGCUGGGCUACUUUGCACAUAAUUGGCCGUGCAUCCGCGACCAUCUCCUCAGCCGCCACCACCGGCCACCGCUCCUGGGUCUGGCACGUUCUUAAAUGGGUGGGAGAGCGACUGCAGGAGGAAAUGGCCGCCGUCACCGCCGCAGAGGCAGCGGAGCCGCAGACAUCCGUAAACGGCGGCGGGAAGAGCCGGCGGAGCAGCUCCUCCGGUGUGGGUGACGGCAGGGAAACCUCCCCCAUCCAGCCGGGGGCAGGCGCUUCGCAACACGCAGCUGGGGACCCGCGGGUCAUGUUGCGGCAGCUGGUGGAGCGCACGGGGCAGUUCCGGGGCCCGGAGCUGCUUCCGCUGGCGUGCACGCUGCUGAAUGUGGUGGCGCACGAGGGCUCCAACUCGGGCUUUGUGGACUCGGCUCGGCAGCUUCUGGCCCGGGCAGUGCUCCCGGACGCGGGUCGGGCCAGCAGCCUGGCUGGCAAUGACGCGUGGCGCAGCGCGGAAUACCGAGCGGGGUUAAGGCGCGUUCUGGAACGAUGGAUGGCUGAGCGGGUUGCUGCUCCGGCUUCAUCGCCAACCGAGCACCAGCAACAGCCAAUGGCGAGUGGCCGACCGCGGCGCGCAGCUGUGAUCAAGAGCAUGGCCGCCGGCUCCUUGGCGGUCACAGACGACCUGGCGGAACGGGUGGCGUUCACGCUGGUUCUGUCCGAGGGCUCAGUGGCCGCCCUUCGCACAGCCAGCCUUGUUAUGGACUUGACCCGCUCGGCAGGCGCAGCACCUGGAGCGCCUUCGCCCACAGCUUCUCCAACCGCGCGUGGCUCUGCCUCUGGGCGGGCGUCCGGCGGCAUUGGAGGUGUCGCUGCCGCAACCUCCGCCUUCGCGGCGGGGGCCGACCAGUUAUCCCCACGACGCCUGGAGCUGCUGUUGCCGGUACAGCAUGCGAUGAAUGGUGGAGGUAGCGUAGCGUUGGAGCUCGGAGGAGGCCCUGGAGGGCGGUCAUUGGGGUUGCAGCGAGUUACGCUGGAUUGGGAAGACCGGGGACAGCGGCCAGCAGCCACGAUGCCGGCCUCAAUGGGCUGGACGAUGGAGCCGCUGUCCCUGCACGUUGCGCUGCGGCUGUUGCUGGGGGUGGGUGCGAUUGACCUCCCUGUGGACGACCCGAAGGCCGCGGCAAUCAUGCGUUUCCUGCAGGUGCAAGCUGCGCCACCCGCGGAGGCGCUGUCCACUGCAUUAAUGCCCCUAGGCUUCACCAACCCCCCGCCAGGGCCGCCGACUGGCAGCCCGGCCGGCAGCACCGUAACCUGGGCCUCCGCUACGUGCGUGAGCCGCAGCUACAGUCCCCGCUACUCCGUGACAGUGUGGCGGUUGGUGCUACAGCUGAUGCGUCGUGACCCGGGUCUGAUGGCGGUAUUCAGGGGGGCCUCCAGGGAUUUAGAUGACGUACACCUGGCCAUGCAGGUGGGCACCCGCGCUCUGGCCCCGGGUACCUCGUCCUCCCACAGCCUCACCUGGCAACGCCGUAUGGACGCACCUGCUGUGGUGGCCCUGGGAUCCCUACGGCAGCCGCAUGUGCGAUGUGCGGUGACCAUGCUGCGGGUGUGGGUGGGCUCCCGCUGGCUGCUCGGGACCUGCUGUCCGCCGCCGCCGCACCCUCUCGAGGAGGAGCUGCACCGCGGCGGAGGCGAUGCAAACAUUCCCCUCGAGGAGAAGGAACCGGCGGUGGCCCUGUUGGUGGACGACAUAAUACGCAUCAACAAGCUGAGUCUCGACCUGGCCAUGGACUGUAUCCGGGAGAACGCCACAAAGUACCCCCCGCCCACCGUGCAGCAGCUAGCGCAGGGCAAGCCGCAGGCUCACAGCCAGCAAGCCCAGCAGCAGCUAGGCCAGAGCCAGGUAUUCGCCCAGGUCUCCGCGCCGCUGUCCAGCUUGGAGGCCGCGCUUAUGGCGGGGCUGGGCGGCCAGAUGUCGCAGCUUCCCGGAGCCACACUGACGGGAACCACGGGCGGCGCUGCCGGGACCAGUGCCGGAGGACAGGGACAGGGGCAGGGGCAGCGAGCGGCCUGGACGUAUCAGGGCUCCGCGCUGCUGAGCGGGGAGGAGGUGGGGCGGCUGAACCGCUUAGAGGGCUUCGUGGCGGCGCUUGGGGAGCACGUCCGCGCGGACCCGAUGGCCAAAAAGGUGCUGUCAGUGCUGCAGCCCCGCCUGCCCCAGCUCAACGACAAGCUGCUCCGCUUCCUGCACAAGAACCGCAUCCAGGGUGGCGCCACCCGCGAGGCGCUUGCCCACAAGCUCCAACGUGACUUCAACGUGGCGGAACUGGAUUCCAUGCGGGCACAGCAUCUGCCCUGGACCCCUACACCUGCUGGUACUAAGGCCAUGAAGGCUUCGGAGCUAGCGGAGUGGAUUGCAGAGCAUCAGACGGAGUAUCUGGAGCAGCAAGGAGUGGCCGCGCCGCACAGGCGAAGGAUGGGCGACUUCCCCCACCCCUUCUUCUGA